AUGGCCCAGCAGGACAGCUCCGGGCAGCGCCUGAGAGAUACACCAUGCAUCCAAUCCCUUCUCGGCUUUUUCUUUAACAAGGGCGUCAGGGGUGGUCCCAAAAUAUUCCUCAAUCUGGCCGCCACGCUUUUUGCCUUACUCCUCGUUAUAAAACUCAUGCCACAGCGGAUGAGCGACAGCGCGUUGAACUCAAUACCACACGAUCUCUGGACCGGCGUGGCUGAAGAGGUCCCAUUGGAAGAUGAUGACAGCACGCCUGGCGGACUGAGGAUAGUCGUGUUCGGCGAGAACGACAUUGGCACGCCGAUCGGGGAGGACGAAGAGUUCGAGGGAGCCAAGUCGUGGACCGAAGCACUCUGUGCUCAGCUGCAAUGCUCCAAGCAUGUCUCCAUGACUCCAUCGCCCGACGCUCCUGCAUGGUCCGUCAGCUCCAAGGCUCUGUAUGCUCACGGCGUGGAGAGGGUGCUCAACGAGACGUCUGAGACGUCCAGCCCUGGCAUGGAUUACUCGUACUUGUCGACGUAUUAUGCCCCCAAAUGGCAAACACUCGACCUCAAGGACCAGGUCGACCGUUUCCUCGCCAUGCCCAAGCCGCGCCAUGCCCCGAAAGAGACUCUGUGGGUGUUCAACUUUGGCUUCUGGGACGUCUGGUCGCUAUCAGCUAUGCCGAUCCCCGCCGGAAAGGAGGCGGUAGAUGCUAUGACGAAAGACAUCUUCGAGCAGAUCGAGCGCCUGUACGAGGCGUCAACGGACGUCCGAUCGGCCGCCUGGUCUGACGCCAGCUACGUCUCAGCCCCGCUCGAGUCGGGAUCCAGCCCCGAAGCAGAGAGCGAGGAGCCAUCUGCCGGGGGGCCGACCGAAAAAAGGGAGGAGAGCGCCGAGAAUGGGUCACAAGUGGAAAACAACGCUAUGGACACGGCUGAGUACUUUCGGCUCCUGAUCCCUCGAGUGACGGACCCGUCCCUCCUCCCCGGCUGGCGCGACCUCAGGGCCCAGCUCCCCAAGGUGCACUCAAAGGCCGAGCAGAUGCGCAACUCGGCCGCGCUGACCGAGCACUGGAACGACCGCAUCGUCGACGGCCUGGUGGAGUGGGUCCGGAAGGAGAACAAGAAGCCGGGUGAGGGCGAGGAGAACAAGGAGACCAAGAGGUCCGACCCAGAGACCGCACCCUCCUCCUCACCCCUGGCGGAGAACGCAGACGUCCAGACCACAACCCAAGGCAAGAAAGUCGGAGGCGCCCCGACGCAGCAGGAAAGGCCCAGGCCGAGCCCGAUCCGCGACGGCUUCGCGUACAACCUGGCCAACUACGUGCUGGACGCCAUGGUCGAGCGGCAGCUGCGCAACGCGAAGCAGCACGACGGGUCCGGGCGCGGCGACGGCGCCGUCGAGGACGGCUUCCGCGACGUGACCAACUCGUGCGUGGAGCGCGUAGACACGGCGAUGGUGGCCGUUUCGGUGCAGAGCGGCGUGCGGCUGGAGAUCCCCAACAAGGACAUCGGCGGCGACAUCCAGGUGCCCAGCGCCACAACGCCGGAGAAGCAGCAGCAGCAGCAUCAGGCCGGCGAUAGGAGGAGCAGCAGCAAGCGCAACGAGGAGGAGAAAACGAAAAAGUCACAAGCAGAUGCAGCCGAGGGCAACAGCAGCGACCUGAGCCCCAACAAGGUGGCCGACACGGUCAAGGUGUGCCAGAUCCCCAGCGACUACCUUUUCUACACGCCGUUCGCGCUGUCGCAGAAGGCCAUUGCCGACAUUGCCGCCCAGACGGCGGAUAUGAUUCGCAACAACGAGACGAUCAGGGGGAAGCUGCAGGCGCAGAUGGAACAGAACAAGGGCCCAUGA